AUGAAAGUCCUGCGGCUCGGAGACAAGUACAUCCAGCACGUGCUGAAGCUGGUCUCCCACAGAGACUACCGGUUCUCCAAGGAGACGUGCGUGGUCACGGGUACAAAGCUCGUCCGAGACCUCGGCAAGCAGUAUCGAUUCAAGGAGAUCCUUGCCAGCAAGCCGGACCAUCCAGAUCUUGCGAAGCUGAACUACGAUGAGCUGCACUUGACUGAGCCUCGGAUCUUGCGCAAGAUCGCUGAGCUGGAGGAGUUCGAUGGCCUGAUCGGGACGUUGACGCUGCCUUCCCGACGUCCCAUCAAGGAGAUCACACAUCCUCGCCUGCUGCUCUGCUUGGACUACAUCGAAGAUCCCGGCCUGCUGGGCACUCUCCUGCGCACGGCGGUGUCGUUCCAGUGGCAAGCCGUGUUCUUCCUGCCGCAAUGCGUGGACCCUUUCAGCAGCCGAUGCCUGCGUGCCUCACAGGGGGCCUUGUUCAACAUCCCUCACUGCAAAGGGAACAUGGACGACCUGCACAAGCUUUGUCGCCGCGCGCAGCUCACUCUGACUGUUCCCCAUCCCUAUGGCGUGGACGUGGGCAGCGAUGCCUACGAGCCACCAAAGGGUCAGGCACUGCUGCUGCGCGAGGAGUACACGACGCCAUGGGCUCCUCCACGCGAGGCGCUGAAGAUCAAGGUUCCUGAUCCAUGGCGAGGUCAUCCGAGAGGCACCCCCGACGGUGAGGAGUUCGACUUCCGUGCCCUGGACGUGGCAAUCCAGGGUGGGAUCCUCAUGCACCACAUCAAGCAUGAGCACUUCCCCGAGGUGUCGCGGACGCCCUUUCUGGCCUCGCCAAGGGCGUAG